UCAGCAUUAUACCAAUUGCUUGUGAGUUACAUUACGAUGAAAGUAAAGUAUUCCUCAUUUUGCUGAGGCCCCCUGGGAAGGCCCUCAAGAUCCCCGGACCCCAAUUUGAAAACCACUGGCUUACUGAACCUGAUGGCCGACUGACCAGAGGCGUCGUUAUUUGCCAUGAACUGGAAAAUAAAUGGUUUGAUAAAGCUCCGGACUCACUCCUGGCCACACGGGGGCCUCUGCGUCCUCUCGUCUCUGCUUCCAAACCUCUCUCCUCAUUUCGAGCCCGUGCCAAAUUCCCUCCCUCCUCCUCCACCUACUCUCUGGCUGCCAAUAGCACCUCGCAAGCCGGGCAGGGGAGCAUUCAUACCCCGUUGUCGGCGUUUAGCGGACGGGGGCUCUCAGCUUGAGCCAGCGGGGUGCGUUUGGAGAAAGAUGGUCGGUAACCCGUGUGUCCGCAGGCUGGCUCGGCGCUCCAGGUCCGUCCUGGUCGUCGCUCUGGCCGUCUUGCUGGUCCAGACGCUCAUCGUGUGGAACUUCAGCAGCCUGGACUCCGCGGGAGAGGGAACCGGGAAGAGACGAGAGAAGAGGGACAGUCGAGUCGGAGGGCUCAACAAGGCCGUAAGGGAGCAGCCUCAGAGCGUGCCGCAGAGGAAGGGCGACCCACUGUUGCCGGUCGGAAAGGUGGCUGAGCGACACAAGCUGCAGGGGGAUAGCUACCAUUCCCAUCAACCUAAAGAGAGAGUUCGUCUGGACAGCAACAACAACGAAAACUCUGUUCCCAAAGACUUCGACACCAUAGACAGUCACAGCAACUUGGGAGCACGGUCCCAACAGCAGCAAGCGCUUGUUGGCAGCACCAAACGGAAACUGGAUAAAGCCCAAGCACAAAGCAUUCUGGGGAAAUCAGCCAGCAAGGUCCUCAAGUACCCUCCUGUCCAACCCAGAGGUUUGGGGCACAACUACACCCACAUCCAUAAAACCCAUCCACAGGUGCCAACAAUUCCAACAGUGGCUCAGGGAUCCAAUCAGGAUCCCCCUUUCUACCUAUCCCAGAAGUUGGUCUCAGCACCACCUGGUUUGGAGCGGAGGAAAGAACAGCUGCAGUGUGAGAUCAAUGGGAAAGAGGCCAUUUCGGCUCUAUCCAGAGCCAAGACCAAGUUGUGUCGGCAGCAGAUUGUGGAGGUCUACUGCAAACACAAGGAUAGGGCGCUUAUGCCUGACAAAGUACCUCGCUACUGCCCCAUUGAAGGUAAGGCCAGUGUGAAUGUGCAGUGGGAAGAGGACUCUUCAGAUGCUGCCCCUGCUGGUCCUGUGCGAAUUGCCUUCGUCCUCGUCAUCCACGGCCGGGCAUUGCGUCAGUUCCAGCGGCUCUUCAAAGCUAUCUACCAUACCUCCCACUACUACUACAUCCAUGUAGACAAGAGGUCCAGCUACCUGCACAAAGAAGUGCUGUUUCUGGCCAGUCAGUACCCCAAUGUGCGGGUGACUCCCUGGCGCAUGGCCACCAUCUGGGGUGGUGCCAGCCUGCUGACUAUGUACCUACGCAGCAUGGAGGACCUUCUCCACAUGCCUGAGUGGUCAUGGGACUUUUUCAUCAACCUCAGUGCUGCCGACUACCCCAUCAGAACCAGUGAACAACUAGUGGCCUUCCUGUCAAAGCACCGCAACAUGAACUUCAUCAAAUCUCAUGGCAGAGACAAUGCACGCUUCAUUCGUAAGCAGGGUUUGGACCGGCUCUUCUACGAGUGUGACACCCACAUGUGGCGCCUCGGGGACCGCACAAUCCCAGAAGGCAUAGUGGUGGACGGAGGCUCUGAUUGGUUCCUGCUUAACCGCCCUUUUGUGAAUUAUGUGGUCAACUCCCAAGACGAACUGGUCAGCAGCAUGAAGCUUUUCUAUGCCUACACACUGCUGCCUGCUGAGUCGUUCUUCCACACGGUGCUUGAGAAUAGUCCCCAUUGUGAGAGCAUGGUGGACAACAACCUGAGACUGACCAACUGGAACCGAAAACUGGGAUGUAAAUGCCAGUACAAGCACAUAGUGGACUGGUGCGGCUGUUCACCUAACGAUUUCAAGCCCUCUGACCUUCCCCGUUUCCAGCAAGUGUCCAGGCCCACCUUCUUUGCCAGGAAGUUUGAGGCUAGUGUCAGCCAAGAGAUUAUUAACCUACUGGACUCCUUCCUGUUUGGAGCAUAUGCCCCAGGCACCCCAGGCCUCCAGGCCUAUUGGGAGAACAUCUACGAGCAAGAGACAGACGGCCUCGCCAGCUUAUCAGAUGCCACAAUCAGCCAUUACCAUGCCUUCACCCGUAUGGGACUGUCCCGCGCUGCUGGCUUACUGCAGGGCCACCCCAGUGAUAAGAGCUGCAGGUACAUGGCCAUGGGCCACCCGGUGUCGGUCCACCUCUACUUCCUGUCUGAUCAGUUCCAGGGCUAUCUGAUCCACCACAUGGCCACUAACCAAGGCUCUGCCCAGCUGGAGAGCUUGGAGACCUGGGUGACACCCAGAGACCCCUUCACCCUGGCCCACACCCCCCACCAGACCAACAGGCUGCAGCACCUUCAGGUGGGGACUGACUGGGACCCUAAGGAGCGUCUCUUCAGGAACUGGGGGGGUCUCCUGGGGCCGGAGGAUGAGCCAGUGGCUAUGCAGCGCUGGAGCCGCAGCCAGAGCAACCUGACAGCAACCAUUGUGUGGAUUGACCCUACCAAUGUCAUCGCUGCCACCUAUGACAUCCUGGUGGACGCUGCUGCCGAGUUCACCCACUAUCGGCCACCACUGAGCCCACCACUGAGGCCUGGCGUGUGGACACUCAAGGUGCUGCACCAUUGGAGCCCACUGGGUCAGACGAGCUUCAUUGUAGCGCCGCUAGAGUUCCACCAACAACAGCCCAUACAGCAGGAGGAGACUCAGCGGCUACAUGGUGGCCCGAGCAGGAACUCCUACAUGGAGCAGAGCUUUCAUGGCCUGAACCCAGUGCUGCGACUGCCAGUGAGCCUGGGCACUGUGGAGGAGGCAGAGGCCAACGCUAGCCUGACAGGGGCACCACUGCGCCGCUGGGUCGACCAGCUGCUGGAGAGCCGCUGGUCCGCUGCUGACGUCUGUUCAAUUGGCCCCAGUACCUGUCCCAUUAUGCGACGCUGCCACCUCACUGCCUGGAGCUCUGUUAGCCCUGACCCGAAGUCUGAACUAAUCCCUCCGAGGAAGGACGGACGAAUCAGGUAGCAGGACAGAAUGAGGAAUGGUGAGUGGAUAAAGAGAUGGACAAUGACUUGUUUUUGUUGGUAUUUAUUUAUUUAAAAAGUAGUUUGAAGACACAGAUGAAGCGCUGGAUGGGACUUUGAAUAUGAAACAGACUUGGAUGCUGAAGGAAACCAACUCCUGUCAUUGUUAUUUGGGAUAACAAAAGAAUGUGUGUGCGUGUGUGUGUGCAUGAGAGAGAAAGCGAAAGAGAGAGAGGGAGAGAGAAAGAGAAAGAGAACGAGAGAGUUGAAAGUGUGCGUCAGAACUCCAUACCUCUUGUUGAGUUGUAUGAAUUUGUGUGUGUGUGUGUGAUUGUGUAUGUGUUUGUGUAUGUUUGUGUCUCUUUUUUCUGUGCCAUGUCUGAAUCGUUCAGACUGCCUGAGACUUGAAAUGUGUCUGUUGUGAUACUGGAACUCAGAAGAAAAUGACCUCAGUUUUCUUUUCUCUUUUCUUUCCAUCAUUCUGUCAUCGUGUAGGGACUGACAUUUGUGUGAGAGCAUACAGUGGUAUGUGACAGUAUUUAUUCAAAGAUUUCUAUAAAUUAAAUUAGUUUUUUAGUCAGUGACUAAUAUUUUAUAUGCUGAUUUUGGUGCAGCAGGUGUUAUUUUUUGGGGGAAAAAACUGAUACAAUAUUGGCCUCUUUUUGUAAAGGCCCUUUCAAGCAUUUGUCAUGAAAUGUGUCAGGAUCUCAUUAAAUAGACUCCUCUCCUCAA